AUGAUUGGUUCAGCCGCUGCUCCACGAGCCUUUUUCCCUAUCAUUGGGGGUCGCCCAUUGGGAUUUUUAGUUUAUUUGGGAAUGAAAAUACCAGUUAUGAUCUACAUUGGUUUUGGAUGUUUUGGUGCCAUGGUUGCGAGUGUGACCCUCUUAUUUUUAUAUCGACAUCAGGUUACUGUAAACCCAAAUAGUUAUUUUCACUGUCACCGCUUCUUUCGAGUAGCGGUUGUUGUUGUGAACUAUGCACUUUAUGUGAACGUGACUGUCCCAGGAUUACUUACAGCCCCCGAAGAUCAGCUGGAAGCUAAGAUAGAGACCCUGAGAAUUGAACCCUGUCCAGCGAAAGAUCUUCUCCACGAAAAUUCGUACAUUCUCCAAUCCUCUUGGAGUCUUCUUUUGCCGUAUUUCUGUUUCAUGAUAGUUUUUGUUGGUGUCGAAUGUGGGUUUAUGGCUGUUCACUGCUCAUGGAUCUUGUUUUUCUCAACACUAACUCGAAAACUAUCAAGGAAGACCAGAAGAAUGCAAGUGAAAUUUCUUUUCGCGUUGUUGGCACAGAUUGCAAUUCCAACUACACUGUGCUACGCUCCGAUUUUCUACUUUGCCAUCACCACGAUUAUAGAUCAUUAUUGGCAGUUCGCCAAUGACGUUUGUGUCCUUAUUGUCUCCACCCAUGGUCUUAUAUCUGCCACGUGUCUUUUAUUGUUCUACGACUGCUAUCGUGACCAUAUUUUUUACUGGAUAUGUUUGAAGAAGUUCAACAAAUCAAGUGGCUUUAGUACAGAAAAUCCCAGUAGACAAAGUAUCAUGAUGACUAAUGUUCAAGUCAUUGUCACGACUUAG